AUGGCGUUGUUUCGCAGAUUCGAUGUAAAUGGUAACGGCACGCUCGGAUUCGAUGAGCUGCGUGAGUUGUUGCUGAUCGUUGGGGUGCCGGCAGCCGACAUUCCGGGACUUUUUGGCAUCAUUGACACCAAUGCCGAUGGAAAUGUCGACUUCGACGAGUUUGUUCGAUGGAUGUGGAUGCAGCCCGUGGAUGCCAAGGAGAAGAUGGUGGGCAGCACUGCAGUUGCUCGACAGCUCUUGCAGGAAAUCGCCGACAGGCUGGAUGCGGACCAUGUACCAUAUGACACACUUUUCUCGAAUGCAGACGUGUCGAGAGAUGGCCUUCUUUCCCGUGACGAGCUGUCACGGAUUUUGUUGGCUUAUCUGCCCGACGUUACAUCAUCAGUGCUGACAGAGACGUUCAAUCUCUGCGAUAUGGACAACAGCGGAUGGAUUAACGUGCAAGAGUUUGUCGCAGCACUGCGCCGCGAGGCCAGCAGUUUCAAGGCCGCUGUGCCAUCCACGGUGGAUGUCGAAGUGUCAAUACCGCCUGGCUGGCGAUAUGGCAUGCAGUUGCCGGUGACAUACGAUGGUCACAUGUAUUAUGUGGAUGUGCCUGCAGGUUGUACAGUCCGACAGAUCAGCGACUUGACCGACUUGGAUGAGCCUGAGGAGGCUUCGAAUUCCCAGCCCUACGUCCAGCAGGAGAAGGAGCUGAACCCCGGUCCUGCCACCGGGGCCACUGUUGCCGCGGGCCCUGAAGGCCCUGAAGCCCGAGCUUGGGCUUCAAGCGGCGCAGGCGGCGCGCGCUGUCAGGGACAGACGUACUCCCAGGCUCUUACGUCGCCGUCGCUACAAGUGGUAGAUGCCAGGCCAUUGCAUCCAUUGCAGUGCGCUGAGGCGAUUUCGGUAGGUGGUCUCGACAUGCAGAGAAGUGAAGCAGUCGAGUUACAGUCUUGUGUCAUCAGCAGCUCGUGCUGUCCUUUCUUUGCUUUGAUUGGCUCAAAGACCUUGCCUUGGCUAAUGGCUUCGUGA